AUGGUUUCAGUAAGAGGAUCUUUGCUCAUGCUCAGGCUUACGCCUGAGUUGAUUUACUAUAUCCUUAGAUACUUUGUUAUUGGAAGCCCUUACAGAAAAUUGAAGAAUCGCUUUGUGGCUACAAUCAAGAUGGUUAUUUACAGGUGGGGCAUUUCUUUGCCAAUCCCUGAUGGUAGGUUCAUAUCGUUCUUGAAGAACAAGACCUUGAUCAAUUCCGUUAUUCCAUUGGCACACAAACAAAUCACCAGCAAGUACAAUAACUACGGUAAGCAGUUCGACCCCAAAUCUAUUUGGAUCUACGAGAAGCCAGACAGAAAGCCUUCAGACCCAGUUUUGAUAUACCUUCAUGGCGGAGGGUAUUACAUUCAAACAGCUCCUUCUCAGGUGACUGGAGUCAUGGCCAUCCAUCAAUUGUUGGAUCCCGAGAAACGCAAAAAUUUGUCCAUAUUACUCUUGGACUAUAGCUUGGCUUGCCAUGGUUUCACUUUACCUACCCAAUUGAAUGAACUUGACUCUUCCUACACUGAGCUCAGUAAGGGAUGCUCCAAUAUUAUCUUGAUGGGUGAUUCUGCUGGCGGGCAUUUGGCACUCACCUAUUCGCAAAAGUUGAAACUCGAGAACAUUCCAAAUAAGCCAUACCCAUCGAAGUUGGUUCUCAUCAGUCCAUGGGUCAAGAUCUUACCAAGUGAGAGUCAAUUCACACCAGGAAAUUCGUUCUACGACAAUGACGGUAGAGAUAUUAUUCAAUACUACGACAUGAACCAUCUCAAGCAUGUCGUAGGUGACAAUUCACUCAACUCGUUACUUAUGUCUCCAAGCAACAAGAUUCCCCAAGUAAGAUCUGAUUGGAACAGCAUCCCCACAUUUGCAAACCCAGAUUCUGAUAUCUUUGUUCUUCUUGGUGAGGAUGAAGCCUUUAGAGAUGAUAUUUUAGAAUGGUGUGACUACGCUUUGGGGGUUCCACUUCGUUCUCAACAUAAAUACGGCCACUUUGGCAACUUUUUUGACCCCAAAACCCACUCAUACCAUAGAGAGGGGGGCUCUGAAGGAGCUAGUGUCAGAAUCUACGUCGAACCUUGGGGUGUCCACGACUCUUGCUUUUUCUUCGAGGAUUCAUUAUUCAGUGAAAUCAAAAAGAAGAAGAGAACGUUAAAGGAUGUUGACCAAGAAAAGUACUUCGGACUUUACAGAGUUGCUAAGUUCUUGAACGACAAAUUGUAA